GCCAUUAUUGUGAGGUGUGCUACACGAGUAGGCUGCUAAGUUUGUCGAAGACUUGAUUGCUGAGCUGUUUGCCACUGUGCGGUGCCCGAGGACCCGAUUCCUGAACUGUUUGCCACUGUGCGGUGCCCGAACUUGACUGAGCUGCAAAGCAUGAGUGCCAGAGGCAGAGCACGAGCGCGAAGCUCCUGGGAACUCGUGGUAGACGACACGGACGUGUCCAAUGCCGAUGACCAACUCGAACCGGAGCAGCCGUACGACGACGAUGCGCGAAUGGCAGACCACCUCGUCGAGAUUAACGAGGCGCUCAAGGACGAGUACUGGGAAACAGCCGUAGAUUUGUGCGAAGAGGCGCUGGCGGAGCGACCGCGCUGGAGCGAGGUGCGGGCGGCGCGGGACCGCGCGGCGUCCUACUUGGAGGCCUCCGCGCGCGGACAGCCGACCCCGUACUUCACUGUGAUCCGGGGUGCUCUCGUGACAUACAACAUGAACCGAGACCCCCUCGACAACGCGCAAGCACGGAAAUCCCUGCCCGACGAUGCAUGGUUGCAAGUGAUGCAGGGCCUGAGCUAUCCGCGGUGCGCGCUGCUGGCUGCGACGAAUAAGCGGUUGGUGGCGCUCUUAAAGUUGAAACCGCUUGCGGCGCGCCGGGCGGCACGGCGCGUGUGGCACCUCACGGUCACGACGCUGCGGGACAACGCGCUAUAUAACGCGAUGCCGACGAGCGAGAGAGGCUAUCACGGGAAAUAUGGAUUCGACGAGAGCGCCAAAGAAGAACUCGCUCUCAUCGCCAAGGAAUUCCCGGAGGCGCUCCAGGAGCGACACCUCCCGCCCUACGCCAUCAAAAGGACGGGUAUCAUGCGACACGGCGCUUGGCGGUACAGUCGAGUGUUCGGCAAGACGCCGGACGAGGUCUGGGAUAACUGCACUUCGCGACCUACCGGAUGGCAUGGCGUCCUGCCCGACGUACCGAUAACGCCGUUGGAGCUCGCCGUGUCCGACCCGGAUGUGCAUGAUAGGGGAGGUGAGGCGAAUACGCUGCUUAACCUCGGGGCGUUGCCCACGAAGCUCGCGCUGGACAUCGCGCACAGGAACUGCAACUAUGACUUAGGAUGUUGGGCCCAGGAACUCGUGAGCCAUUCACCCCAGCUCGUGGUGUCUAGCGGGAGUAAGCUGGCCCACCGGGGAUGGCAAGGCGGCGGGUACAAAGAUUUUGAGUUCGAUCUAGACUUUUGUGCUGCGUAUAUAGAUUCCCAAUGCGACGACGAUGGCGAGUAUUAUAGGGUUUGUAAGCACCUCGUCAAGGAUCGCGGCGUCGUGCCGACGGUCGGCGUCAACAUGGCUGCGGAUGACGCGUUCUGCGAGAAGUAUCCGCAGGAGAUCGUCGACCAGUGGCUCGCGGAUGCCUCCUUCAAGAAAUAUUGCACUGCAUGCGAAUGUGUCGAAGCGCGCGAUGGCUUCUCCGAGGAGGAGUGGGAGCGAGAGCUCGGUCUGCGGUAUUGCCUCGAAUGUAACCUGUACCGCCGCCUCGUGGCCUUCUACCAGCGCCACAACCCCGCGAUGUGGCUGGGAAGGAUCGACGCUAUCAUGAGGAAAUGGGGCCAGAACGAACCCGAGCUCUGGCGCCAGAUGGCCGCCAAGUAUGGCCAGCGCGCCGUCGACGACGCGCCACGCCCAGCGCGUGAAGUGCGGGUGGGUAAUCGCGGCGGCCUCUAGAGGCAUCAUAAUGACGUACUACUAUGUUAAACGUUGGGGACACGUACGUAGCGGAC